UGAGUGUGUGAAUGUGUGUGUGUGUCCCUCCUGAGAACCCAGACUUCAUUUCAAACCGUCUCACCUGUUAGUAACAGACAGACUGCCAGCUGCUGUUUUACAGCACAGGUGUGUCUGAGUGGGCGUGUUCAAGUCUUCCUGCAGGGAACCGGAUCCAGGAGGAGGAAGAGGAGGAAGAGGAGGAAGAUGGAUGUGUCUGUGCUCAGACAGCAGUACAGGAUCAGCAGAGAAAAGCAGAGGAGGACAGAGCCUCAGCUGGUCAGGACAGACUUUGAUGAGCUGUCGGACACCAUCAGCAUCGUCCCUGUUCCUCAGGGAUGGACUUCACCAUGGAAACCAGCCGGCUUCUCCCCUCCUGUUGACAAUUUUGACUCUGACCCGAAGAUGUUCGACCCGUGGCACGUCCACCUGGACCUCCACCGGCGCUGUCGUCCUGCAGUCAACAUACAGAUGGAGCUGAGGAGAUGCAGAUGUUCCUGUUCUUCACCCUCAGGGGUCAGCGCAACAAACCUCUCCCUCUCAGAUUGUUUCUGCAGCUCCACAGACACAUGCUCCUUCACUGAGGAACACCUAGUCGGUUCCAAUCCUGGUUCUGGUUCUCCUGAUGGAUGCAGUGAAGGCUUCUCUAGAAGUUGCCUGAUGGGUCAGGCUCCUGGCUCUAAGAAUCCUACCCACAGCUCUUCUAGCAGAACCACAGAGAGGGUUUAUCAGCAGUCUAAAGUCCAGGGCUCAGGGGCCAGUACCACCAACCUUGACCAGAACCAGGAGAAGAACCAGUCUGCAAGGAGCAGUGGUUUCAGUUCAAGCAGGAAUUCCCAGCACCUCCAAAGUCCAACCUCCAGGUUCUCCCAGCAGCUGAUUUCAGGAGGGGGGUCCAGAUUAUCUCGGAAUCACUACCCGUUCCCCAGCAGGAAAACCCCGAAGAUCUCUGAGGCUGUCAGGAGACUUGGCCUGUACUCAUCCUUCUGAGGUUCUGCAGAGUCCAAAGUUAUACUGGAAUCCACCAGAACCAACAGAACACUUCAUGUUCAGUCCCUGAAUGAAGCUCCUGGUUCAGUUAUUAAUCAUCUAUUUUCUUCUGUUCACUCUGGAUCAUAGGUUCUCCUGGUGAUUAGUUCUGUACCAUAAACCAUAUAUAAGAACUGGAUCCUGACUGAUUCUGAUACUUUCAGGAGGAUCAGUGAACCUUCACCAGAAUCAUCUGUGUUGGUUCUCAGACCUCUAAAUGUGUUCAGAUCUUAAUAAAGACAACAGUCACAUUAAAACAAACAUGUGGAGAAUAAAUGAAAUGGAAAAAAAGGAAAAGCUAAAGCAAAAGGUUGAUUUCUGUGAUGGACUCUGGUCGUGGAGGACAAUCCUGAUUUAUUCCUCCAGACAUCAUGCAUCUGUGGUCUACAACACAUGGUGGUCUUACUCCUCCUGAGCUGUCAGCUGGAACCUUCUGGACGGGCCUCAUGUCCUUCAAUCAAGACUUUUCUGAUUAAUUCAAUAAAAUUUUUGUCUUAUUAUCUGCA